UUGAAGUCAAUACAAAUGAAAGACACACACAAAGCGAAAUAAUACAUCAAUAAAUAAAAGCAGCGUGACAAACCUUCUGCGAGGAGCACCUUUUGAUCACCGCGUUGAGGCCUUCGGCCAUCAGCUUCCCGUGGUUGACGUCGUCGCAAUCCCUCUUCCAUUUUUCGCUUGACUUUUGCAGCAGAUACCGACCUAAAUGUGCACCACCCGCGCUUGAUUUUGGCCAAGCAAACGUGUGUUUUUGUUCCAACUUCGAAGCUAAGCACGUCCGACCAAGCUACCGUCAACUGUUAUGCGCACGCGCAGUGGACCGAACAUUUGAAUCGCUUACUAUGGCGUUGGCUAAAACAGUCGAACAAAAUAAACGCAUUUAAAAAAAAUAAUACAAUAAUCAUGAUAACGCUUUGAUAAAUAAACUCACUGACCGCCAAUGACGGUGCUAGACGUCCAUCCCAUUUGCAGUGGGAGGGUUGACAUCGAAUGAACGUUGACUUCUACUGAUAAACUCAAGGGUGAUUGGACGUCUAUCACUAUCAAUGGCAGGAAAACAGUUCAACUGUUUCAGCAUUUUUGAAGGAAUUCGGUGGUUUGGGGAAUUCUGUGCUGGAGUAGAUACUACCUGAUCCACCUGAGGGGGGCAGUAAUGCAUAACGCGUUGCCUGUACGAACCGGAAGUUAAAGCUCAGCCGUUUCGUCGCCUGUAGCGGUUUGCGGCCAAAUUGAGCUGAAACCAAGCGCGAGCCCUAAGUGUAGAAAAUGUGCACGAGAAGAACGGCGGCAGUCAAGUUGGACGGUUGUGGAGCAGAAGAGGAGAAACGAUCUCAAACCGUUUCCAACACGUUGCUACGCGGCCCCGGCAUCAGAGAAGCGCAUCAUUCUGAGUGGCUUGAGUUCCCUCGCAUCCAAAAGGGGGAGGAAGAGCUCCAAGGCAUUAAAGAGGAAGAGCCAGAGCAUUUCUUCAAGGUUGGGCAGCCUCAAAACCCUCAUAUCAAAGAAGAGGAGAGAGCAUCGCCAUAUAUUAAAGAGGAGAAUGAGGAAGAAGAAAGCACCGAGUUGACUUUAAAAAGUGAAAAUGAAGACCCAGCUGAGACGGUAAGAGAGCCUCCGAGCGGCGACGCGGCAGAAGUUGACGGACACCGCCGCGGAGGAUCGCGGGAAGACGACCUUACCGCUCCGCUAUCAGAUCGUGACGACGCCACGUCACACUCUUCUGACUAUGAUGACGAGAUUGUGCGACCACACGUUAAAGAAGAAGAGCAGGACACGUCUUUGUUCACUGACGUCAUAGUGAAGAGUGAAGAUCCCAGUCAAGAUUUCAGCAAAGAUCUUUGCCCCAAACGGCAGGAGAUUAAAGAGGAAGAUCAGGAGAGCGACGUGACAGAGUUUCCGUUGACCGGCACCAUUGUAAAGAUCGAAGGUGACGACAAAGAUGGACUCUUAGCUCCGCUGUCAGAUUCCCCCGACACCGAUGACGAGCGCUCACCUAGCGAGGCGGAAACCUUUUGGAGGUGCUGCCAAUGCGGCAAAGCGUCCACGUCAAAAUGGGGCCUAAAGAUCCACAUGCGAACCCACACCGGAGAGAAACCGUUUGCCUGCUCACUUUGCGGGAAAAAAUUCACUCAGAAAGGACACUUACGAGCGCACGCCAGAACGCACACCGGGGAGAAACCUUUUCCCUGCACGGUGUGCGGCGUGGUGUUAAGUCAGAAGGUUAAUCUGACCAAUCACAUGAGAAUACACAGCGGGGAGAAGCCGUUCGCGUGUUCGCUUUGCGGCAAAAGAUUCUCCGUCAAGGGACAUUUAAGAAUUCACACGAGAACGCACACGGGAGAGAAACCAUUUGCCUGCGACGUUUGCGGGCAAAGGUUUGCGUUGAAGGGACACUUAAGGACACACGUGAGAACGCACACCGGAGAGAAACCUUACCCCUGCUCAGUGUGCGGUAAAAGAUUCUCAAUUAAGGGACAUUUAGUCGCGCACAGCAGAACACAUACCGGGGAGAGACCGUUUGCCUGUUCGGUGUGCGGUCUCCGUUUAACUCAAAAGAUCAGUUUGACCAAUCACAUGACCACACACACCGGCGAAAAACCCUACGAUUGUUCGUUUUGCGGUAAAAAAUUCUCUAUUAAGGGCCAGUUGACGACGCACACGAGAAUACACACGGGGGAGAAACCUUUCGCCUGCUCCGUGUGCGGCAUAAGUUUCAGCGAUCGCUCGGGAUUGGCAAAACACACGCGAACGCACACCGGGGAAAAACGGUACGCGUGCUCGCUUUGCGGGAAAAGUUUCUCGCAGAGGUGCACUUUGACCGUACACGCCAGGACGCACACCGGGGAGAAGCCCUUCAGUUGCGACACAUGCAAGAAAAGAUUCUCCCGCAAAGAUCAGGUGAAGAAACACAAGUGUCUUGGGAAGAAAUCUGGAUUCUAAGUUGAAAAUGUGCAACUGUUUAAGGGGGGAAAAAAAAAAAAAGGCUCCUCACAUUGACAGCGAUAUACGUCUGGUCCCUUUCAACAGGGUGGGCUGGCAGCGAUUGGUUGCUGCUAGCCCCCCAGUCAAAGAGGAUUGGACGUCUGUAUCCAUCAAUGGCAGCUUAUGGGUUAGUAGCCAUGCUCAUCUGAAGAGAAGGGGCUCAACUUUGUCAAAAAAUAAGCAGUUUGUGUUUUCCACUCGUGAGGUUUACUUGCUUGUCCUGUCAGGGUUUGCAUGUCAUUUCCAAUAAAAACAAAAUGGAAACUUAAGAAUGUUUUAAGCCCUUGAAUUCAUCUAUUUCCUUUUUUGAAGCCAGGCCUUUAUUCUGGAAACGUUUCUGAUUUUACGUUCCCAG